AUGGACACAGCAGCCGACCAGCAGGAGGGAGUGGGAUUCCCACUGAGGAAACCCAUUGGGGUCGGCCCCCUGCUGGCCUGUGUGGUGCUGGUGAGCUCGUCCAUUAACGAGCGUGACCAGAUGUUGUUCAUCAGCGCUGACGAGGGCUCGUCCUUCCAGCGCCAGCCCGUCUCCUUCACCCCCGACAUGCUGCUCUUCCACCCCAAGGAGGAGGACAAGCUGCUGGCCUACUGCAAGGAGGGCAGGCUCUACGUCUCCACCGACCUGGGACGCAAGUGGAUUCUCCUGCAGGAGAGAGUCACCAAGGACAAGAUCUUCUGGUCUGUGUCGGGGGUGGACGUGGACCCAGACCUCGUGCACAUGGAGAUGCAGGACUCCAGUGGAGGUUACCUCUAUGUGACAUGCCUCAUCCAGAACUGCUCAGACAAGAUGGUGACGGCGCAGUUCCUGGGGAAGAUCGACCACAACUCGCUGCUGGUGCAGGACGACUACAUCUUCGUCAAGGUUACCAGCGGCAACCGCACCAAGCACUACGUGUCACAUCGACGCACUGAGUUCGUCCAGAUGAGGUUCCCCAAGUACGCUCUGCCAAAGGACCUCCACAUCGUGAGCACCGAUGAGAGCCAGGUGUUCGUGGCGCUGCAGGAGUGGUACCAGACGGACACCUACAACCUGUACCAGUCGGACCUUCAGGGCGUGUACUACUCGGUGGUGCUGGAGGACGUGCGCAGUACCAAGCAGCCCGAGGAGAGCGUGCUGGUGGACGUCCUGGAGGUGCGCGGCAUCAAAGGUGUGUUCCUGGCCAAUCAGAAGAUCGACGGGAAGGUGCGGACCCUGAUCACCUACAACAAGGGACGGGAUUGGGAGCACCUGGCCCCGCCCAUCAAAGACAUGAACGGCCGUGCAGUCACCUGUAAAGCGCCCGACUGCCACCUUCACCUCCACCUCCGCUGGGCAGACAACCCCUACGUCUCUGGGACCGUCCACACCAAGGACUCGGCCCCCGGGCUCAUCAUGGGGGCUGGUAACCUAGGCUCCAAGCUGGUGGAGAACAAGGAGGAGAUGUACGUCACGGCCGACUGUGGGAAGACGUGGAGACAGGUGUUUGAGGAGGAGCAUCAUAUCCUGUACCUGGACCACGGCGGGGUUAUCGUGGCCAUCAAGGACACCUCCAUCCCCCUGAAGAUACUCAAGUUCAGUAUUGACGAGGGUCAGACGUGGUCGGUCCAUAACUUCACCAGCACCUCGGUGUUCGUGGACGGGCUGCUGAGCGAGCCGGGGGACGAGACGCUGGUCAUGACUGUGUUUGGCCACAUCAGCUACAGGUCGGACUGGGAGCUGGUAAAGGUGGACUUCAGGCAGUCUUUCUCCCGGCAGUGUACAGAAGAGGACUACGACCCCUGGACCCUCACAGACCUGCAGGGGGACAAGUGCAUCAUGGGACAGGAGCGGUCGUUCCGGAGGCGGCGGGAGAGCGCCUUCUGUAUAAAAGGGAAGAGCUACACCUCCGCACUGACUAGCAAGCCGUGCGGCUGCACAGAGAGGGACUUCAACUGUGACUAUGGAUUUGAGCGCUCCCAGGCUCUGAAGGCCGAUGGCAGUCGAUGUUUUGCGGACUUCUGGCACGACCCCGACGCCCCGCCCGACACCUGCCACCUGGGACAGAGCUACGAGUCCAGCACCGGGUACCGAAAGAUGAUCUCCAACGUGUGCGAGGGCGGUGUGAACAAGCAGCAGAGUGCCAAGCAGCAUGCCUGCCCUCUGCUGCCGCCCAGGGGCCUGCAGGUGGGCAUCAAGGGGCAGAUGUUGGCCGUGGCGCCCGGUGAUGACAUCACCUUCAUCGUCCACCAGGAACAGGGCGACACCAGCAGCACGCGCUACCAGGUGGACCUGGGCGACGGCGUGCGGACCAUCUACCAGAACCUGACGGUGACGGACGAGCCCAUCCAGCACCGCUACGAGGCCCCCGGCGUCUACCGGGUGGCCGUGAAGGCCGAGAACACGGCCGGCCACGCCCGCGCCACCAUGUACAUCCAGGUCAUAGCCCCUCUGCAGGAAGUGCACCUGGAAGUGGGUCCGAUCGCCGGGAGGAACCAGCAGGUCAACCUCACGGCCACGGUGCUCCCCGUCGAGGCCAACCUCACCGUCUUCUACUGGUGGAUCGGAGACAGCCUCCAGCCCCAGCUCUCCCUGGAGAGCAGCAUCCUGACGUGGUUCCCUGAGGCGGGGGAGGUGAGCGUGACGGUGCAGGCCUCCAACGGCCGCUCCAUGGUGCAGGACUCCCGGAGCGUCAGGGUCUACGACAUCUUCCAGGUCAUCCCGCUGAGCUUCAGCCCCAACCUGGACGGCCUCAACCCCAACAUCCCCGAGUGGAGAGAGGACAUCGGCCAGGUGGUCACCAAGCUGCUCACCAAGAUCACAGGCAUCCCAGAGGAGUCGCUGGUCACCAUGGUGAAGCCAGGACUGCCCACCACAGCCAACCUGUACAUCGUACCGCUGGAGAGCAAGCCAGUCACCAAGAGUGUGUUUGUAGAUAAGAGAAUCCCAGCCAUCAUCCAGGCGUUCAGCGACCACAACGUCAGCUUCGUGGUGCGUGGAGGGGUCAAGGUUCUGGUGAUGCUGGCCGACCCAAACGCAGGACUCGGCCUAGUUGCUAGUGAGUCACCAGACACCACGACGGAGAAUGGUUACCACGGGGCCGCUGGGGGCCCGGGGGUUUGGGCCCUGGCCGUCGUCCUGCUGAUCAGCCUCCUGGCCUCAGGGUCGUUCAUCCUGUACAAGUUCAAAAGUCCUUGGCUGAGGACUGAGGACGCCUACCCUCCGCUGUUUUUCAGGAAGCUGCCGGGCAGCCGCAACGUGUACGCCCAGAUGCACAACGAGAAGGAGCAGGAGAUGACCAGCCCCGUGAACCACAGCGAGGACACGCAGCACAUCAUCCAGGGGGAGGAGUUCAUCGACGACGACCUGGACGCCCAGACGCUAGGAAAUCAUUCGGGCGUGGUCCUGAGCGUAAACUCCAGAGAACUGCACAGCUACCUGACCAGCUGAUGGCUGCCACGGCAGUGUGCUAACCGAGCUACGUUAGCCUAGCCUAGCCGGCUAAUGAGCACAGAGACUUCCACACUCUGCCUUCCUCUUUUUAAUGGCCCACAAUGCACCCCGAGUGGCUGGGAGGGGUUCUUCCUUGCUCUACGUCCCACCCAAUCACAGCUUGACUCACACAUUCACCCACAGAGCACUUCUAGUAAUCUCGUAGUGCCGCUUUGCUAGCAGAGCCUAGCAUUAGUUUCACACCAUUCCCUGUUCUCUGCACCCUCGUCUCUCUCCUUCAGCAGCGGUGGUUGAGGUUAGAGGCGGGGAUUUAAGGAAAUGCACUUCUAUGCUUCUGUCUUUUAGCUGCGUCUUUGUCGAGGGCCUUGCGGGCACACACACAUGAACACACGUUAUCCUUAGUCACUGUUAGCAUAGAUCCCGAAUCACUAUCACAGGUAAUGGACUUCAGGAUUCUGUCCAUGGCAGACUACAAAGUCAAAGCCACACCAAGUAGAUGUGGCCAAAGAUUAGCAUGGCCAGCUUCUGUCCCCGGCGAUUUUGCUGUCGCACAAAAGUUGUAGUGUAUUUUACGUUUUUAACGACUUGACCAGGAUUUUCGUUCUAUUUUUCAUACUAUUCUUACACACUUUCAAGCUCAUUAUGUACAUUUUCGUGUCACUGUCGUUCUGUCUCCUGAAAUGACUGUGUACUCUCACUGUUUUAAGGCAAUAAUAUUCUUUCUGAAAGAAAGAAAGAAAGAAAGAAGGAGAAAUACAUUUUGUUAAAUGUUUUGAGGUUUUCAUGAGUUUCAAGACGGAGAAAGUAGGGUAGCAACUAAGUCAGAGCUAAAUAAGCAGAACUUGACAGGGGGAAAGGAUUAUUUACAACAAGUAUCCAACCUUAAGUUUAGCCACACUGCUAAGAGAUAGACAUCAUUUUGUAGUUUUGUGUGUAACCGUGUGUGCGUGUCGAUAUCAAGAACUAGUCUGGAAUCAUAUUUAAAGAUUUUUGUCUGUUUGUAGUUCAUCUUUUUUAUUUAAACACAAUUCAGAUCUCAAACCAAUCGAAAAAUGUAAAAACUCGAACUCGAAAAAACUUUUGACAACAUCACAGGUUAAUUAACACAUCCAGACUAUCCCUUAUAAAGUUAAUUUGGCAUGGUUGAGAGCUGCCAUUCAUUCUACAACAUAAACGUUGGUCCCAUGGUGCCUAAAAAGGCGGAUUUUGAAUCUGCCCCAAGACAUAACCUGUGCUCGUUUCGUAUUUAUUCCUUCAUUAAACCAUAUGACCCGUCCGCCCCCACAGUAACUUGUCAGGAGUUCAAAGGUAUACUGGUUCCCCAGGAGUCGAGGAUUGGUGUCUCCGAAGAGGCGUGGUUGGGAUUUACACUGUAUAAGCCUAUAUUAGGCAUUGUCAGGGCGGCAAUCUUGUCUCCGUAAGGAUUAGAUUUUCUUGUGUGUGUAUGUGGGUGUGUGUGUACAUAAAUAUGUAAAUAGAACAAUCUUCAAUUGUAAAUAUAACUCCCUUGAUGUGUGACUAUUUUUCACUAAUACCAAAAUGCUUUUUUUGUUUGCAUCGUUUGCUUUUCUGCGUAAUCUCGCAUCGAUCCGAACAACUUUUCAAACUCGCAAAGAGGUUUGGGGACAUUUUCGACAAGAACUUUUAAUUGUCACAUUUGAGGAAACAGAUAUCUGUCAUUGGUCAGUUCAAGUGUAUUGACAGCUCACUGUGUCUCAGCUCCUUUCCUGUUCAACUUUCAAUGUAGAAUUCUGACUGGAGUAUAUUAGGAUUCUCACUUGAAGUAGCUCUUCGUUGAAUCAGAGCGUGGCGAAUCUUUCACUUAGCUGACACGGUUAUUUCAACGUGGUUGCCUGCUUUACACAUGUUUUUAUUUCAGCAUAAUAUGUCCAAGAAAAUGUCUUGGAUUGUCAACUGCUUUUUAUUGUGGUUCAUCAAGUUUUAUCAUCACUAUACAUCUAUAGUCACAUACACACAGUGAUAUCCAGUUACACAAAUAUUUUUGAUACACAACUGUCAAAUGCCUUUUUUUUUUCUUAUGUCUUUUACAGAAGUUUAACGUCUGUUGGUUUGUUUGCACUAAUUAUAUAAUCUGUGAUGUAUUGAAGGUGUAUUAUAUAUUUUGGCUGCAAAAAAGCUGCCACUACAAAUCCAGGCAAUAACGGUACAGGACCAUAAUGGUGAUCGACUCAAAGGCUGCAUUCCAAUACUCUGUUACCUUUCUUCCCCAAAUGUCAAGAUGCUCUCAAAUGACGGAGAAGCUGCCUAAAGCUACUGACGAGUCUUCCUUGGACCAAAGUUCCUUGACUGCGUCCUUAGACAUACUGUUUACUGAUGUAAGUUAUUUUAGUCUAUGCUUCUUUUGAUGACAUGUUUCAAGCUAAAAACAAUUAUGAAUUGUUUCUUCUCCACAUAGUGGACAACACAGUAUAUGGUUUUAUGAGUUUGUAGAUAAGUUAAAUACUACAAUCAUGGCUUCCUUGCCAUUUGCACCAAAGCCAAAACAGACCAAAGGUUUACCUGGGUCAAUUAGAACCUGUGGGUGUGGCUUAUUUACCAUUCCGCCCACUUCCAGUGAAUGUUGUGGUUGGGCCCAGAUCACCAACAAGUAGAUUCCACACUGGCACUUUACUCCAGCACGAUUAAUCAACGCUAAUGCUUUGUCUCCCUAAAGGUGUGAUAAACAAGCAAAAGGAAGUUGGAUUUUUUGGAAUGCAGCCAUAGUCGAUAGAGGUGAACAUCUUGACGCAUUAUUAGGGCCAUGCUGUACUUCACUGUUCAUUGUGCACCUGAGAAAACAAACAACAGAUCACUCGUGUUUCACAUCGUGUUGAACAUAUUUUGUACAUAUUCUGCUGUUGGUUGGCUUCGUGGUGUCGUAUGUUGUUAGGACAUCAGUCCAGCAAGGCCACACCAGGGGGGUGGCGCAGUGGGGGUAUAACAGCAUCCCGAUGUUGGCUUUUUUUGACCUCGCCACUGAUGCUACAAAAUUUGACCAACCCCUUUUUUGAUUUUAUUUUCGUUUUGCUUUUUAUAUUGCUUUACUUUUGUUUUUGUUGUUUUUGUUUUGUUUUUUGAUUGAAGGAAGUGUUGUGCACUUAACCUGCAUUCCGGAAUUAAAUCACUCCCACAACUUCAUGUCUAUGAUCGCUUUUCUACCACAAAUAACCAUUUCAUUGUAUGAUGAAAUGACAUUUAACAGACAGUAGCCUACCUGUGAGUGGGUUACCAUCGAGCGAUUAGAAAUGUCAACAUCAUCGUUGGCCUACAAAAACAUAAGCUCCUACUUUGACAUCACCAAGUGCCUUGAUAAUCAACAACAAAAUAAUAAUGACAAUAUUUUUGAUUCAUUUUUGUCUAUACACCUGUCACAGGAUUUGGCACUUUCUGUCAACUAGCUACGAGUUUAAGACUCAUGUUUUUGCUUAAUUAAUCCACUGUAUUGUCAAAUGUUGCAGACAUUGUUUGAACCUUUGGAUUUUAACGUUGGAUGAACGAUCCAUUGGAUGAACAGCUGAAAAAGGAGCUAGAUUUGUCGCUGUUUUGAAAA